CUCUGCGCUCUGGAUCAUCGUCCCUUCCCUUCCCCGGCGGAAUAAGUUCCCGGAAAAUGCUGAUGUAGCGUCUCCGGUGAAGAAAAUCCGAAAGAUAGGGAAAAUAUGUUGUCUCUGAAAUUUGGGUUAAAAGGGGUUGCUGUUACUACCCCCAAACCAGUCGUAAGACGUCAAAGGCACUUCAGAAAUCUGUGGUUCUCUUCUAACUGUAUUCAGUCAAAUGGACUAUCUUUUGAAUACCAGACUGAGUUCUCUUCACCAUCGUCGUCGAAGGAAUUUUCGUCUUUAGAAGGACUGGAGGAUGUCAUGGUCGGUUACAUGAUUGGAAAGAAGAGAGCGACAGAAGUUGCUCACUCUGUAUGGAAACAUAUCAUCAGAAGAGGGGAUACGGUGGUAGAUGCUACUUCUGGAAAUGGUUAUGAUACUCUAGCUAUGGUCAAAAUGGUUGCAGAUGAAUCUGGUUCUGGUUGUGUUUAUGCUAUGGAUGUUCAGAAAGAGGCUUUAGCAAAGACUUCCGCAUUGCUGGAAGAGUCACUCGAUGAACAAGAGAAGAAACUUGUUAAACUCUCUUCCAUUUGCCACAGCAGAAUGGAAGAUGUCAUUCCAGAGGGUUCCCCCGUUAGGCUUGUUGCAUUUAACCUAGGCUACCUACCUGGUGGUAACAAAGCAAUAACCACAAAGUCAGAAACUACAUUACAAGCACUCGAAGCUGCCAACAGAAUCCUAAAACCUGGAGGGCUUAUCAGCCUUGUGGUUUAUGUGGGGCAUCCUGGUGGAGUGGAAGAAUUGGAGACUAUCCAAAAAUUCGCUAGCAACUUGGCGGUUGAGAAUUGGAUUUGUUGUAAGCUUCAGAUGUUAAACCGGCCACUAGCUCCAGUGCCAGUGUUCUUAUUCAAGAGAUGAAAGUGAUGUCAUUUUCACAGACGAUGUCGUGGCUCGGGAGAAAGAGAAGGCAUUAACAGGACAGUGUUGGUGGUUCAGUUGCUAUUGCCUCUUCUAGGUAGAGGUUUAGAUGCAAUGUGAACGUGUUUGGAUCGGUAGACCCAUCGACAUGGGUUAAUUUUACAUCAAUAUCAUAACAUAGCUUUAGCACAAUAAAGAUAUGAUGUAACAUCACUUGUAUGUUGAUUAGUAGACUUGUUGAUAUAUAUAUAUCCCUCUCAAAAUAUUCAAGGUUUAAUCAUUUUUGGUC